AUGGAGAAGGAGGACGCGGCGGCCGCCAUGGACAACAUGCACAACGGCGAGCUGUACGGCCGCGUGCUCACCGUCAACAUCGCGCAGCCGCAGAAGAUCAAAGGCGGCGAGCAGGGCUGGGCCUCGCAACCAGGUACAGUCUCGCAACCAGGUACAGUCUCGCAACCAGGUACAGUCUCGCAACCAGGUACAGUCUCGCAACCAGUGUGGGCGGAUGCAGACACAUGGUUUGAGCGUCAACAACAAGAGGAGGAGAUUCAGCGGCUAAGCAAGGAGCAGAAGGCCGCUGCAGCAGCUGCUGCCAAUGCUCCAAAGGGUGGUAGUGCUGCUGCUGAUAGAAGCAUGGAGGAGGAAGAGGAGGGGGAUUCUGGGCCUGGUGCAGCUGAUCCUAUGGCUGCUGCUGAAGCUGAGGCUAUGAACAAGACAUGA